UGUGCCGUGCGAGGCCCUGCAGCGGACGCCACUCCCACAGGCAGGUGAAGGAGCAGAGGCUCAGUUCACCUCUCAGUUCUCACUGCAGCCUUCGGAGCAGCAGGACGACGCCGGCCCGGGGGCGGUGAGACGCCGGCGUGAUGACAGAACAAUGUGUGAACCAGCACACGUCUCAGGAAGAGGCCAGGAAGUGUAACAGAGGAGCCACAAAGCACGAGCAGAGGGACUAUCACUCAGAUAUAGAGAACGUGGCGGAGGAGCAUCAGAGAAGUCGGAGGACGAUCAGCGAGACGCUGCAGGCGGCUGAUCAGGAUCUGUCCGGCAGGAGGAAACCAGCGUUAGUCAGGUCAAAGACCUUUGACCACUCCCUGCUGACUCAGAUCCAGAUGGACCCAGACUCCAAGUUGGACAGGAAGAAGUCUCACUACAGCCAGCUGUCUAAGAGCAACUGCCAGUACCAUAAAAUAUUUAAGGAGAUCAGCAAAGAGGAACAGCUGAGACAAAGUUACACCUGUGCUCUGCAGAAAGACAUCCUCUACCAGGGACGGAUGUUUGUCUCCGACCACUGGAUCUGCUUCCACUCGAAGGUGUUUGGCAAAGACACAAAGAUUGCCAUCCCCGUGGUGUCCGUCAAUCAGAUCAAGAAAACCAAAACUGCCAUCCUGGUGCCAAACGCUCUGGUGAUCGCCACCGCAAACGACAGGUAUGUGUUCGUGUCUCUUCUGUCCAGAGACAACACCUACAAGAUCCUGAUGUCCAUCUGCCUUCAUCUGGAGGAGAAGAGUCCAUGCAGCAGCCCCAUCCCCUCCUCUGCAGAGAGCAGCUUCAGAGGUCAGAGGUCACCGCUGACGCCUCGCUUCCCUCUGAGUUUCUCUGGUGACUUCAUCGACCUGGAUGAAGCAGUGAGGCAGAGGAGGCAGGAGAUGGAGGAGAGCAGCAGCUCCGACUCGCAGACGCCCGACUACGAGAAGAUAGCAGAGUUUCCUGUUCCUCCGUUCCUGGAUGUGUUGAAACACACGGACAGAGCGGCGGCUCCUGAUCCUCAGAACCAGCAGCACACGGUGAAGAACCAGCAUCAGAACCAGCAUCCGAACCAGCAGAACUCUGACAACAAGCGGAACGAGACUCAACAUGGUUCAGGGGUGGUGAUUGACAGCAGGACUCUGAAACACGUCUCUCUCAACACUCUGCUGUUCGUCUACCUGUUCCUAGUGUGUGUGCUGGUCCUGUCGUCCUGCUACUUGGCCUUUAAGAUCGUCUCGUUGGAGAAGACGCUGUCGACGCUCGGCUCCGUCGCAGAGUUCACUCACCACAGGGCGAGCGACUUCCUGCAGGGAAGCGCUGACGUGAACGCAGAGUUUUUCUCCGAACUUCUGACCAUCAACCUGAUGAAGCUGGAGAAGGUGCAGAAGAAUCUACAGAGACUUCUGGACGAAGCUGCCUGAACGAAUCCAGAUGAACGUGUUGUAAACAGAUGUGUAAAUAUUCUGUAAAUAUCUAGUUUAUUAGAACAGAUGUUACAAACUCACAUGACAUGAGGUGAAUAACGUGAGCUGGACAAAUAAACUGCAGCAGGCUUGAGAACGACGAACAAACACUUUAAAUUCAGUUAAAGUGCUAAAACACACCAGGAUCAAGAACAGUGAUGAUGUCACAGUGUACGGACACACCCCCGAGUUUGCCGCUCCACCACUGCAGCACAGGGAGAAGUUAAACCACCAGGGGGCAGCAAAGAAAACACGAUUCAGCUGAUGAUGAGAAGCUCUUUAAACUUGCAGCAGUUACAGCUCAAUCUGUGAUCAGCGGCCGAUUGGCUGGUUGGAAAUCAAACUUUCAUGGUACAUUUAUAAUUAUGACAUUUCUCCAGUAUUGUAUCUGCUAAAUGAAAGAUGUUGUAGAGACAGAGUUUGUUUUGAAGGCUGUGACAUUUCAAAUGAUCCGUGCCAGUGCAGGAACAGAAUAAAUGUCCUCGGCUGUUUCAGGUCUUUCAGCUGGAAACUUCCACAGAAACCUUCCUCUGGUGGAAUGAACUGUUUGUGUCCAGUUGUAAAUGUGUUUAAACAUCAUGAAGCUAAAUCUCUCUCUGCUGGAGACAGUCGACUGUUACAGAGACAUCCCUGUGAUUCUGUACAUAUGAAAACUAUAUUGAUUUAAAUGAUGUGGUUUUGUUUUUCCUCUGUUGAGCAAUAAAGUUAUUUUGGCUCCGA